AUGUCGCAUCACGCCCCCACGUCGCGCCCGAAGCCUCCACCGCCAGGUAGCGAGGAAGCUUCGACGAUUCUCAAUUUGGGAGAGUUCCAAAAUGUCGAUACACUUACCCUCUCCGAAGCGUCGCUGGUUAUCAAUGCGCUUGUAGCCAAGCGUAAGAUGGACCGCAAAAACAUCAACGAAACAGAGAUGUUGACCCAGACUCUUAACUACCUCGAUGCUUUCUCUCGUUUCCGCCAAAAGGAAAACGUGGAGGCCGUUGAGCGACUGCUGAGUGCCCAUAAACAAUUGGCAAAGUUUGAGCGUGCACAAAUAGGCUCCCUCUGCUGCGAAACCGCCGAAGAGGCAAAGACCCUCAUUCCGUCCCUCCAGGACAAGAUCAGCGACGACGAUCUUCAAAUACUCUUGGAUGAAAUCAGCAAGCUUCAGAGUCGAUGA